AUGAAGCUGACCUUGAGUACUACAGACUGGCAGUGCAGCAGGCCUCAUCGCUUUACGACAUCAUGGCGCUCGGGCCUCGAAGGGGCCCACAAACGGUCAGACGGCAGGAGUGACAAGCGGAGACAGUCCCGAAAGCAAACCCGAGAAGACGAUAAGGCUUCCGCCGUUUCCGACUCCAUGCGCUGUUUGUCCGUGGCGGCGACUGCAACCGAGCGAUUGGCAUUGCCUUUGGUCUCCAUGCCGCGUGCCUCAGCCCUUUUUCCCACUGCUCGCCCAGCCGCUGGGCCACCAUCACGAGGACCUGUGCCUUGGAUUGCUGCAGGCGCUGGUGCUGUCGGCGUGAUGGCAUCGAGAUCUCGGAGCACGCAGGCACAGGCCAACAGCGAAGGAGGUGACACUGACCUUUCGCAGCUGCCGUACUUGUACGGAACUGCUUGGAAAGAGACUGCGACGACUGACCUUGUGGUCAAGGCAGUCAGGGCAGGAUUUCGUGGCAUCGACACGGCAUGUCAGCCGAAGCACUAUCGCGAGGAUCUCGUGGGAGCCGCACUCGCCAAGCUUGCUGCAGAGGAUCAGCUCCCACGCGAGGCGCUCUGGAUCCAGACCAAGUUCACGUCGCUGCGCGGGCAGGAUCCGAGCCGAGUUCCGUACGACAGCAAGGCUCCGCUGGCUGCCCAAGUGGAGCAGUCCAUAGAAAAGUCGUUGCAGAACCUGGGCACCGCCUACAUUGACUCGCUAGUGAUGCACUCGCCCAUGCCGUCGCUGGAGGAGAACCUCGAGGUGUGGCGUGUCUUUGAGCGAGCCGUAGAGCAGGGGAAAGUGCGCCAGCUAGGCAUCAGCAAUUGCUAUGACCCACGAACUUUCCGUCGGAUCUACGACGCCGUGAGGAUCAAGCCAAGAGUGUUGCAGAAUCGGUUCUAUGUGGAGUCUGGCUACGACCUGGAGCUUCGCCAGUUCUGCUUGGAAAGGGGCAUCACAUACCAAAGCUUUUGGACACUCACUGCGAACCCGCAUGUCUUAGCAUCGCCACCUGUGCAGUCUGCUGCUGAGCGCUUGCGCGCAACUCCGGCGCAGAUUCUCUUCAGAUGGCUGAUCCAGUCAGGGCAUCAGCCGCUGACAGGAACCAAGAGCUCAGACCACAUGCAGCAGGACCUGCAGGUGAUGAGUCUUGUGCUGACAGACGGCGAGAUGCAGAGCAUCGGACAGAUGUUUGCACCCGGUGUGCCGCAUCCCAUCUUCCUCAAGUGGUCCCGAGAUCCUAGAGGGGAGGUGAACAGCUUGCACACCAUGGCUUUCAGAAAUUUCCUUGUCUUCGCUGCAUCGAACCUGGUCUUUGACAUCUUGGCCGUUGCGCUGGCAAGCGCCAGGUAUGCCUUCUUGGGCAGAAGUCGGGCAGGCUACGAAGAGAUUCUGAAUGAGGCGCAAGCGAUGCCGAAAGAUAUGGCGGCACAUGCGUUUGCGGCACCAUGA